CCCAGUAUUCCACAACAGCGCCAUCUUUCCAGAGGUUUGAAACUCCCUCGUAGGAAAGGAAAAGAAAGGGUUAAGGACGUUCAAGGAUCCGAUCGAUGCCUUCUCUCUCACACGUCGCCAUGAACAAAUGAAUUCGCGGGGAAUUAAAUACCAGUUUCACAAAGGAGAACGAGUCUUGUGCUUUGAACCCGACCCAACCAAGGCUAAAGUCUUGUAUGACGCUAAGGUCCUUGAUGUCUUGAUCGGAACGGAUGAACAUGGGAGACGAGUCCCAAAGUACCUGAUUCACUUCAGUGGUUGGAGCAGGAGCUGGGACCGCUGGGCUGCAGAGGACCAUGUCCUAAGGGACACGGAGGAAAACCGCAAAUUGCAACGUAAGCUGGCUCGCAAAGCUCUAGGGCGCAUGAAGAGAAAGGGAUGGACGAAGAGGCGUCGACGUCAGUCUGGUAACAAAUCUUCUCUGAAGACUCUCCCUAAGGAGGAGGACAGCGAUGACGCUUGUUUGAUUUCGACCUCGGACAGCAGUGACGGGGACGACUCGGACCCUGACUCUUCAAACAGUGGCGACAGCACCUUCUCAGAAGAUAUCAACAAAAUGAGGGUUGAUUCAGACGUGAACGUGAAGAGGGAGUGCGAGGAGAAGGUCGUUCACGUGGACAUCAACAUCCCAGAUGUUCUGAAGAAGAAACUCGAAGAUGACUGCUUUUAUAUCAACAAGAGGAAGAAGCUGGUCGUGGUCCCCUGUGAGACAAAUGUCGUCCACAUCCUGGAGUCCUACGUGAAGCACUUUGCUAUCAACAAGGCCUUCAUGGCCAAUGAGCGCUACAGGCGUCAGCAGAAUACCUUGCAGAGCAGCAGCCCGCAGCCGAUCCCGCCGGAGAGGAGUGAGGAGCUUUGUAAGGAAAUGGUUGAUGGUCUGAGGAUCACGUUCGACUUCACCUUACCCAUGAUCCUCCUCUACCCCUGCGAACAAGCUCAGUUUAAAAAAGUCAGCUCCUCUAGGCUCCUCCUCGCAGCCAAUGAAACGUCUCCCAGCUCCAGCAGUGCACAACGAGAACGUAGUCCAAGCCCACUGGCUCACAACCCCCCUACGCCUCAGUCCACAGACAGUCAGCCGGCGCUAAGCGACACCUCCGCCACCACGCCCACAGCUCCAGCCCCUACUGCAAAGCGUCGCCGCCACCCCGACAUGGACUGCAUCUCCUACCAGUCGCAAUCCCUCAGACGGUCCACCAGGAACACGUCGGGAGGAGAUCGACCCGCUGAAGGAAGCAGUGGAGGUGGAGGGAGUGCGACGGCCUCUCCGCAGCUCAAGCGGCGUCAGGUCGACACGUCACAACCCAAGUUCUUCCUCAGCCUCGAAAAAAAAACACCGAUCCACAGCGGCUCAUCGUCCCCGUUGCCGUUGACGCCGAGCAAAGAGAGGAGCAGGCCGUUCUACGGCCUGGAGAGCCGGAGAAACAAUGAGCUCAAUGAGGUUCUGAGCUGGAAGCUGACACCUGAUAACUACCCGCUUAACGACCAGCCUCCUCCGCCUUCUUACCUGUACGGAUCCCAGCACCUCCUACGGCUUUUUGUGAAGCUGCCAGAGAUCCUGGGCAAAAUGCAGAUCCCUGAACGGAAUCUCAGAGCCCUAAUCAAACAUCUGGAGCUCUUCCUGAGGUUUCUGGCAGAGUUCCACGAGGAUUUUUUCCCAGAGUCUGCAUACGUGUCUGCGUCAGAAGCUCACUACAGCAUGAAACAACCAAGACCGGCUUAUUAAAGGAGACACGGACAGUUUGUUUUUUUCUUUCUCUAAGCAGAAGUUCCCGCUUCUAUGUUCCUCUUCCUCUCUAACAUGCGUUUUCUUUCUGCUGCCUUGCGGGUCCAGUUACUUCCAUAUCUCCCCAGCAUGCAGGACUACAAUCUUCUGCUUAGCGUUAACGUGGAAUGCAUGCUGAUUUCUAUCAGGGCCAAUCUGCCGAACUUCGUGGUUCUUUUCUUAAAUUCUGUUGCAGUUUUUCCUCUUUUUUUAAACUUUCCUGCCACGUGUAGGUUUUUGAAGAUUGUCUCCUAUUCGAUUAAGAAUGGAGGAUAAAAAAAAAGUCCUGUGUGAAGAGGAUUGUACGCCUGUUUGGAAGCUAAGAACUUUCCAAAGACUGACUUCCUCCGCUUCUCAGUGCUCCACAGUACCGCCUGACGGCAACAGAACUAUCUGUUUCUAUGCUUCCUUUGCUCCUCUGCAGUUUCUAACGUCGGCUCUUGAGUGUCGUCGUUCUCCCCUAGAAAUUUCACCUACUUCGAAUGUGUGGCUGUUUGUUGCAAUUUGUUAAAAGCCAGUUUUAUUUCACUUGACAUCAUUUGUGGUCUGUUUAAAGGAGCACUAACUCUGCCAUAAGUCACUUCACUUAAUUGAAUAUGAUUAAACUAAUUAGCAAAAAAAAUUUAAGAACUAUUUCUACAUACUCGUCCAUUCCGGAUGUA